AACUUUUGGCGAGAAAACCGAAACAUAGUAAUACACACACACAGACACACGCACAUAAAACACGCACAGAGAAAGUGCGAGUGGUCUCAGUAGCAAUGGCGAAUGGUGGCGUAGGUGAGGAAGUAAGGAACAAGCAGGUGAUAUUCAGGGACUAUGUAACUGGUUUUCCAAAGGAAUCGGACAUGUAUGUUACCACCGGUACCAUAAAUUUGAGGGUCCCCGAAGGUUCCAAUUCCGUUCUUGUAAAGAACCUCUACUUGUCCUGCGAUCCUGUCAUGCGUGUUCGGAUGGCACGAGUCACUUUCAGCGGUUUCAGUUCGUACACCCCCGGCUCUCCAUUAACUGGGUUGGGAGUGGCUAAGGUUUUGGAUUCUGGGCACCCAGACUUCAAGGCAGGUGACUUAGUUUGGGGGGUUACUGGAUGGGAAGAGUACAGCCUACUCUCUGGAAUUGAAAGUCUGCGUAAGAUCCAGCAUACUGAUGUACCCCUUUCCUACUAUACUGGACUUCUUGGUAUGCCUGGUAUGACUGCUUAUGCUGGUUUCUAUGAAGUUUGUACUCCCAAGUCUGGAGAAUAUGUCUUCAUUUCAGCAGCAUCUGGCGCAGUUGGUCAGCUUGUUGGGCAAUUUGCAAAAUUGCUGGGCUGUUAUGUUGUUGGAAGUGCUGGAAGUAAAGAAAAGGUUGACCUAUUGAAGAAUAAGUUGGGUUUUGAUGAUGCAUUCAAUUAUAAGGAAGAGCAUGACUUGGAUGCAGCUUUGAAAAGAUAUUUCCCAGAAGGCAUUGACAUAUACUUUGAGAAUGUUGGGGGUAAAACACUUGAUGCAGUACUCUUAAACAUGAGAGUCCAUGGCCGCAUUGCUGUAUGUGGAAUGAUCUCACAGUACAAUCUUGAUGAGACCGAAGGCGUGAAAAAUUUGACGUGUCUCAUAUACAAGCGAAUCCAUAUGCGAGGAUUUACAGUUCGUGAUUACUAUCACCUCUAUCCAAAGUUCUUAGAGACUGUGAUGCCUUACAUCAGAGAGGGGAAGGUGGUGUAUCUGGAAGACAAAGCUGAAGGCCUUGAGAGUGCUCCAGCAGCCCUGGUUGGACUAUUCAGUGGCCGCAAUGUUGGAAAACAAGUUGUUGUAGUUGCUCGCGAAUAAUCUGGCCAUUAUUUCUGUAGUACUACUGCGUGCAGUGUGUU